AUUUUCUCUUUUUUCUUUGCAGCUGCCAUGGUUGUUCAUUUGAUUCCCUUUCCCUCGUCUUGACCUCCACCCAAACACCCCUCAGAUCUCAUUUUCAAAUGCUUAAGGGCACAUUUCACAGCUCAUUCUGGAUGUCGCAUCUUUUGCAGUAUAUGCUUCUGAAACUUCGGCCAUCCGGGCCUCAACAGGGGAUACUUUACUCCCAUAGAAUUCUUGUCUCAAGGGUUUUGAAUCGACGCCCUCUAUGCCAGCGACAAUGGAAGGACCGUGUGCGUUUAGACAAUGCAGAGGCUCCAGGCAUCAUACGACAUUUUGCGAACUCACCUAUCCUGCACAAGAAGAAGGAAAAGAUCAAGAAAGGCGCCUCCAUAGAGAUGGAUGUGAGGUCGCUCAAAACAGAUACCGAUACUAUUUCAGACGAUCCUCUUGAUCUCUCCGAACUGUGUCGCGGCAUUGCAAAUGCUGUAGAUCGAUUAACUGAGGACAUCUCUAAGCUUAGUGUUAGGGGGAGAUUCAAUACUACAGCCAUCGAAAACCUUCGGGUUUGCCCUGCCAAGGGAAGUAAAAAAACCGUGAAACUUGGAGAGUUGGCGCAAGUCGUUCCAAAAGGAGGUCGCUUGGUGACCGUCUUGGUUGCUGAAGAAGAACAUGCGAAACCGAUUGCUUCAGCUAUAAUUUCGUCGAACUUGUCGUUGAAUCCGCAGCAAGACCCCCAUAAUGCUCUUCAACUCAAUAUUCCGAUUCCCCCACCGACGAAGGAGUCUAGAGAGCAGACUGUGCACGUCGCCAAAUUAGCGAUGGAAAAGGCGGCUAGUGUUAUUCGCGAGUCUCGUGGAGUUACCCAUAAGCGUCUUCAAAAUGCCCAAAAGAACAAGAUCGCUACUCCUGAUCAAGUCCGCAAGGCACGCGAACAAAUGGAAAAGAUAGCCGAGAAGGGACAAAAGGAAGUAAAAGAUCUGUUUGAGACCUUGAGGAAGGCGUUGGAACGAGAUUAGACAAUAUCUUGCUCACCCUUUUCUUUACUUCAGCACAAUGGGGUCCUCUAACUGCUCGUCGUGUCCAUAAUUUGCACUUAAUAAUA